AUGUCAGUGCAGAUCAGCCUCGGCAAGGUCACCGAACUCGGCAAGCGUCGCUAUGUCUUGACCUUUCGAUCGUAUACCAAUCCGAGCCUCUACCUCGAGCUCGUCCUCUUUCAACUCUCAUCAGAAACGAGUCAGCCGCAAUACUACGCCAUGGAGUCGACCUGCCCCCAUGCAGGCGCACCCCUGGAGCAUGCAGAGAUCGAACUCGAUCUCGAUCACGGCAUCGAAGACGGUCCCAUCCUCGUCUGUCCGUUCCACUCGUACGACUUCAAUCUCCUUUCCGGCGAAUCAUCUACAGGCCUCAAAGCCUGCACGUAUGCCGUCACGGAGCAAGAUGGCUAUGUUCUCCUGGAGAUGCCCGAACAAGACGAUUACCGCUUGCUGAGUAUGCGCGCCGUCAGCGAACGACAGGGUCAAUCGGAGCCCGUCCUCGCCAUCGACCAAGACGAUCCAGACGUGCCCAGCGAGAGCUCCAGUCUGCUCGAUUGGGUCGUCAUGACCCUCAAUACUGCCUCGCCAACGCUCAAAGUAGCACGAACACGCGAAACGAUCAGACUGUAUCGCGCGGGCAAGCUGAAGAGGAUAGGCAGCGCCACUCCACCCGAUCAACCGCCACGGCCGACAACUUACACCGUCGUCGAUCCGGGCAAGAUAAAAUCACGCAAGACGAAUUCUGCCGUGUCACGCAUCAAGCUGCUCCAUGCUCUGGCUUCCAUCGAGCAAUGGGCAAUCGACUUGGCACUCGAUAUCGUAGCUAGGUUUCCGAUGUACAAUGGCAAGCCGAUGCCAGCCGCUUUCUUUGCAGACUUUCUCAAGGUGGCAGAAGACGAAGCAAAGCAUUUCAGCCUGCUCUGUGAAAGGCUAGAAGCGAUGGGGACGCACUACGGCACGCUGCCCAUCCAUGCUGCACUUUGGCAGUCCGCACAAGAAACCUCGCACGACCUCAUCAGCCGAAUCUGUAUCAUCCAUCUCGUUCACGAAGCCAGAGGGUUGGAUGUCAAUCCGACACAGAUCGCCAAGGUCGCAGCGAGUGGCGACGAAGAGACAGCAGAAGUCUUGCGGACGAUCCACAAUGACGAGGUCACCCAUGUUGCCACGGGUCAUCGCUGGCUAACCUGGAUCUGUUCCCAUGCCGAUCCGCCCAUGGAUCCCGUGCAGGUCUUCCGGGGCAAGGUCAAGGAACACUUUUGGGGCAAGCUCAAGGCGCCUUUCAACGCCGAAGAUAGAGCGACAGCCGGUCUCAGUCCUCAGUACUACGAGAGUCUGGAAGGCAAAGGCAACCCUGCGACUUCGCUCAGCCAGGCAGCGGCUGCGAAGCCUCUCGUCGAUGUCAGCCUAGAAGGGUCAGCAUGA